AUGACUGUUGUCUUUGGGGCUGCGCCCUGGGGCCCAUGGCCUUGUGCUGGCCUGCUGCCCGCCCUCACUCGGGCCCACUGCCGGGUGAUCUUGCAAGGAGGCUUCGACCGCUUCCAGGCUUGCUGCCCCGAUCUGUGCUCUGAGUCUCCCGUCCCGGCGAUGCCGUCUACUGGGGCCGAAAACAGCUGCUCCGACCCCAGGGCUCCCUUGUAUGACCAGGGUGGCCCCGUGGAGAUCUUGCCCUACUUGUUCCUGGGCAGCUGCAGCCACUCAUCCGACCUGCAGGGCCUUCGGGCUUGCGGCAUCACAGCUGUCCUCAACGUCUCGGCCAGCUGCCCCAACCACUUUGAGGGCCUGUUGUGCUACAAAAGCAUCCCGGUGGAGGACAACCAGAUGGUGGAGAUCAGUGCCUGGUUCCAGGAGGCCAUCGGCUUCAUUGACUCGGUGAAGAACAGCGGAGGCCGGGUGCUGGUGCACUGCCAGGCGGGCAUCUCGCGCUCUGCCACCAUCUGCCUGGCGUACCUGAUACAGAGCCGCCGCGUGCGGCUGGACGAGGCCUUCGACUUUGUUAAGCAACGCCGGGGAGUCAUCUCCCCCAACUUCAGUUUCAUGGGGCAGCUGCUACAGUUUGAGACUCAAGUGCUGUGUCACUGAAGCUGGGCCCCACCAUGCUGGCCCCUUAGGGCUGAGGCACUGCCUGAUUCCUGGGCAUGGCAGACUGGGGGCAGCUGGGGUCCCAGUGCCCCACUGUCCCCCUCAUCUCAGGGAGAGUGAUCCCUUCCUUGGAGUUUGAAAAGCCCCCAGAUGGGGGCGCUGGGAAUGCAGAAAUGCUGGACUUUCUCACCUGGUGCUCUUCUGCUAGGGGUUUGAGGGCUUACCCUCAGUCCUCAUUUCAGAAGGAGAAUGGGGGGCAUUUGUGCCCUGCAACCCUGUCCUCUGGCAGAAGCUAACUGGACUCUACAUCCAGGGACUCUCGUUGGUCCCACCUCCAUGCUGGAGCCCUUGGCAGCCUGAGGGCUCCAAGGAACAAGCUGUGACAACCAGGAGCCCUGUAUGGGGAGUGGUCCACCCCGGGGCCUGGAGCCUGAGCCCUGUGCUGGGGCUUGGGGAAGUGAUGCGAAUGCCGUGUCUGGACCUCUUGCUUGUGUGUGUGCGCAAGUGUUUCACGCCUUUGUUGGCGCUGGAAAGUUAUUUGUGUUCAACUGACAUUUAACACUCCCUCUCCCACUUCCUCCCAGCCCUGUGGGCGGGGGUUGGAAACUUAGCACUUUAUAUUUAUACGGAACAUUGAGGAUGUGUCAAUAAAAUAUUGUUUUGUUUAAAAAGAA